GUCAAAUUCUAUAUGGUUGGUCGUCCAGGAAUUGCUCCUCCUGUCGGCACCACUUCAGCGGUGAAGGAGCGAGAGAUGGAUGGGCGGAGGAAACCACAGCGGCGCAAACAUAAGCCCGUGGCACUUGGCCCUCGGUUCAACAAAGAUGCUGCGAAGGAGCGAAGCAAGGACAUCGUGAACGACGUGUCUGUGUUUGAUGACACAGUAUUGACACCGUACUUGCGCCUCGGGACUUGUCGGUACUUCGUCAUCAAGUCCUUCAGCGAAGCCAACGUUCACAAGAGUGUCAAGUACGGGGUGUGGACCAGCACUGACACAAUCAACAUGACGCUGGACAUGGCAUUCAAGAGCGACCUGGCAUGCAUUCGGCCGAUCUUGCUCUUCUUCAGUGUGUGUGGGUCCAAGCACUUCUGCGGUAUUGCUAGGAUGACGUCGGCGGUGAACUUUGAUUUGAACUUUGGUUUGUGGGAAAAGCAAAAGUACGAAGGAUACUUUCGCGUGGAAUGGCUCGUGCUCAAGGACGUGCCCAACCACGUGCUGAUGAAGGUCCAGUUGAACCAGAAGAGCUUCCCGCGGGCCUGCGACGGUGACGAAGUCGCGUACAACGAGGUAUGGUGUAAGAUGAUCAUCGCCUUUGCUCAGCGGACGUAGGCGACCGAGUUCAUGCACUGCUACAUGUCGUAUCCAAGCACCACGACUCUCUUGGACGACAUGGCCUACUACAACGAUCAGCAGGUCGCCCUCGAAGGCAAGCGCAACCUCUCAAUACAUGCACAUGAUGGCGAUGCCGACGAUCUCGACUCGUUCUUAAUCCCUGCCGUAAUACCCUCGUCGUGAUUCUCA